AUGUCCCUACCAAAUCAAAAUUCUAUUCUGAAACCUCCCAAAGAACGGGACAUCAUUUCUUCAAAUCCCCAAAGUCCUAUUACACCAAAGCGUCAUGUUCGUCGAAAAUCUUUUUACCCUUCAACCUUUAGUUUCCUGCUUGGUCACUUCUCCUCCCUUCUUCAAUAUCUAAUCCGCCAAACAUUUCGCUCAAACAACUUGCCCUUUAUCCUAACCUUUCUUUGGCAUUCGUUCCACAUACGCAGACUUAUAUUUUUUCCUCGUGCAUUCUUGAAAAAGUAUACCGCCUCGGAAAGACAAUUGUUACCAGCGGUUGCUGUCGACUUGAUCAGAAGGAUAGGCAGCCUCAACAUUUCCUUGGCCUUACUGGCUCUUUUGGCAUUGGUUAGAUUUCGAGAUUUAUCUGCGCAAAAGGUUGCAUUAUUGGUGUUGACCGUGGCCAACGGAAGUCAAACAUGGAAUGAUGUCUCGACUUGGUCGAGUGGGAGGUGGAGUUGGACGCACUUGAUCGAAAACGGUGGGGGCAAUGGUCUGAUAACAUUGGUAAAUUUUAUAGCUUACAUUUUGUCAGUGGCGAAGAGUGGAUCAUUGUGA